AUUAAAAAUUUAAAUUCGACUUUUAAAAAGAAAAUCGCAUGCUUCUGACCUUGUUAGCUUACCGGAUCCCCCUCCAGAGACCCUUCUCUGUAAUUCAAUAGCCGAUCGUCCCCAAUCACUCCGGCUAUUUCUCCGAUAAGGUACGUCUCUCAUACAUACAGACAUAUCUGAGGUAUAUAUCAAUCAUUACCAUCAUCACGGUAGUUGUGGGCGUUUUAGAAUUAGGGUUAGGGGUGGGAGUAGGUACCGUCUACAUCUGAGUUUUCAGGCCAGUGAGAGCAUUUCUUAGCUGAGUUUUCAGGAGCAAGUUUCGUUAUAGGCAGAUCGGUGGCAAAUUCACUUCUAAUCGUCAUGGGCCUGUUUGGUGGGCUUGAAUUGGAUUCGAGCCCACACCGAGCCUUCUCCUCCAAUCCAAUCUUCAUCAUAUCACCCCGAUAAAACUAGGUUCUUCACCAGUCACCUCCGGCGAACUUGAGCUGUUUCCAGCGAACCUCACCCAUCUCUGGCUCAAACCACGUCAUCUCCGAUCUCUUAUUUCUUUUCUGGACUUCUUCGUCAUAAGUGAUUCUUCUGUGGUCGGUGUCUCCUUCGUCCCCUGUGCUUCUCCUUCAUCGUCUUCGCCGAUUAAGAUCUUGCGUUUUGUUUCGAUUGCCAUAGAUUCUGAGCGGCAGUUAUCAAAUAUGGCAUCGUUCCGAGCAUUCUUGAACAGUCCAGUUGGUCCAAAAACAACUCACUUUUGGGGACCUGUUGCGAACUGGGGCUUCGUUGCCGCUGGAUUGGCGGAUAUGAACAAACCUCCAGAAAUGAUUUCUGGCAACAUGACAGCAGCAAUGUGCGUUUAUUCUGCAUUGUUUAUGAGAUUCGCAUGGAUGGUACAGCCUCGCAACUAUCUACUUUUGGCAUGCCAUGUCUCAAAUGAGACUGUCCAACUCUAUCAACUCUCUCGCUGGGCAAGGGGUCAGGGGUACUUUACCCAGAAGAAGGAUGAACCGGCGUCCGAGUAGCUUGCUGCUUCUUUCAUUCCCUUCCUGGUUCAUUGCCGAAAACAGACGAUACUGCCAUCACCACCUACACUCCAUGUUCUUGAAGAACCAGGAAGCAACUUCGGCGGCUGGUUUAUUCACUUCGAAGGAUCUCAUGCUUGCAUUUCCUUUUGUUGUACACGUAAGCAAAGUGCAAGACCCAAUAGUAGACAAUAAUUGAAAAAAGAUCCGUAACUGUAUGCACUGAGGGAACAAUACCCCUGAUUUUAAAUAAAUAAAAACUUAUGGAAGAAAUCAGUGACUGUGACAUAAGAAUAUAGCAAAAUUGGAGACA